AUGCCGUCUUUUAAGCCAUUUUCUUCGGUGACAGGACGUCAUAGCUAUAGUCUGUUUGAUGUCAGAUUAGAUGAUGAUUUCAUUGUCUUUCGCGGAAACGAACAGGAGUCUUCCGGCCAGCUCCUCAAGGGCGUUGUCGUGCUAUGUCUUUCUUCGCCCCUCCGAAUGGAAGACGUCCACUUGCGUCUGAUUGGGACUCUCCGACUGCAUUGGUCUGACCCUGGAUCUAGCACACCAGGCGUGACUGGCCAAAGAGUCGACAGAUCCAUCACCAUCCUCGAUCACAGAUGGCCUGCCUUUGUUGGCACGCACGGCAAGAGUAUGACUCUGCCUGCUGGAAACUACGAGUAUCCUUUCGAAUAUACUCUGCCCGGCGACACUGCCGAGAGUGUCGAGGGCAUCCCCGAAGCAUCCAUCACAUACCGGCUAAAGGCCACCGUCAGCCGCGGAAAAUUUGCCUACGAUCUGCACGCCUACAAGCACCUCCGCAUCAUCCGGACACUGGAGCCCGGCGCACUCGAGUUCCUGCACGCCAUGAGCGUCGAAAAUAUCUGGCCCAAUAAGAUUGAGUACUCGAUCGUCAUUCCGCAAAAGGCAGUUGUUUUUGGCGGCACCAUCAAUAUGGAGAUGCGGUUUUCGCCCCUCCUAAAGGGCCUUGAGUUGGGGGACGUUACCGCCAAGAUGGUCGAGAUUCGGGAUUGCUUCAUUCAGGGAGCUACCGGCCUAAAUAUGCGAGAGCACCGAAUAGAGCGCGAUGUGGCAACCUGGAAGUUUGCAGUGGACCGCGAGGAGCAUUGGCACGACAUGAUUGAAGACAGCGGGCAGGAGGGCUGGCUGCUGAACAAGCCGCUCCCUCUGCCCAAGAAGCUGCGCCAAUGCAUUCAGGAUCUCAAUCACCACGGAAUCAGAGUAAGGCACAAGAUCAAGCUCACCGUCGCACUCAGGAACCCGGACGGCCACAUUUCCGAGUUGCGAGCGACGCUCCCGGUUUCCAUCUUCAUCUCGCCCAACAUUCCAUUCGACGAACAAGGCAACCUGGUCAAUCAGGCUCCCGGAGGUGCGACACUCGAACCAGAUCUCGGAUCGAUUGCGCCUCCCGGAUACGGCGAACAUGUGCUCGACCAGCUUUACGACGAAAUGGACGUUACCGGAUUUCAGACGCCAGCUGUGCACUCUGGGUUUAACAGCCCCUUUUACGGCCACUCUCGGACUGGUUCUUCGGAAAACCUGUCGGUCCUGGCCAACAGCGCACCCAUCACACCGGCUGCUCUUGUUUCUCGACUGGCCGAUGUCUCUAUCGACCCUUCGCAGCGAAGCAGCUCAUAUCAGUCUCUUCACGCUGCCUCUGGGAGAAACUCACCUACACACGGGACAAGCCAGAGCUCCCACACACCUCAUACACCCCAUACACCAGCUCAUCUGAGCCGAACGAACAGCGAGGAGGAUGAAUCUAGUUCAAGGAGCUCGGCAGAACGAGUUCAAGUCGACGUUGCGGAGUUUGCCGAGUUGAACAGAGUGCCGAGCUAUUCCACAGCUGUUAAAACACCAGCACGAUCUCGCACUCAAACGGGCGUCUUCGUCCCCGACUACCAAACAGCCUUGAGCGCUCCGCGGACGCCGCCAAACAUGGAACUCAACAACAGCAACGAUGCGCUGGCGACAAUUACAGAGCAUGCAACUGGCGAGGUGCGCGAGACACACAUGCAGAGCGUUGCUCGGGCCCUGUCACCUCCCAUGGCCCGUUCGAAUUCGGAUGACACCUCGGCGCAUCGGAGGCUACAUCUCUUCCGAGCCAGAGACCAGGCCGUCUGA